UUAAGCUAUUGAAAUGCCUGUAUUGCGUCACAUCAUGGCGACACACUCCGGCGAUGCUAGGGACAGGGUCGAUUUAAACAGUGAAAACAUUAAGUUUGACACCAAUAUCAUGGAAGCCGCAGGCGUUUGUGGGAUUGAGGUGGCCACCCGGGGGCUAGUGGGGGGAUCUGGCAGCAACUCCCCUCCAGAACUGGACAGCCUAGGCUGCCCGGACCACCUGAAGGGGUUUGAGCUGGUCAGGGGCUGCUGUAGCGAGGAGGUGAGAGGGGAGACCCCAGGGAGGGAGGACUCUCCUCUGGACCGUCAUAAUGCUGAGCUAGACCCAGGUGGGGGUUCCGGGAAGAUCAAGGACCAAAAAGGCUUUGGAAAAGAGGUUAUAUUAUUGAUGCAUGCCCUGAACACUUUAGCUUCCCCAGAGGAGAAGCUAGCUGCCUUGUGUAAGAAGUAUGCAGAUUCGCUGGAGGAGAGCCGUGGCAUGCAGAGGCAGCUUAAAGCACUGCAGAAGAAGCAGUCCCAGAUCGUCAAGGAGAAGAUCCACCUACAGAGUGAACACAGCAAGGCCAUCCUGGCCCGCAGCAAGCUGGAGAGCCUCUGUCGGGAAUUGCAGAGACACAACAAGACCCUCAAAGAGGAGAACAUGCAGCGUUCCAGGGAGUAUGAGGAGCGUCGUAAGGAGGCCACCCUUCACUUCCAGAUGACUCUGAAUGAGAUCGAGCUGCAGAUGGAGCAGCACAAUGCACACAACUCCAAGCUGCGCCAGGAAAACAUGGAGCUAGCAGAGAAGCUCAAGAAGCUUCUGGAACAGUAUGAACUGAGGGAGGAGGUACCUGAGACAGUUGGGCCAUUGCAAGGGCAGCAUAUUGACAAGGUGUUCAAGCAUAAGGAGCUCCAGCAACAGUUGGUCGAUGCUAAGCUACAGAGGACAGCCGAGCUCAUGAGGGAGGUGGAGGAGAAGCAGCAAAGAGAGAGAGACUUUCUCCUGAAAGACGCCACAGAGUCGAGACACAAGUGUGAGCUCAUGAAGGAACAGGAGACUCAGCUCAAACAGCAGCUUUCUCUGUACAUGGACAAGUUUGAGGAGUUUCAGACCACUCUAGCUAAAAGCAACGAGGUGUUCACUACCUUCAGGCAGGAGAUGGAGAAGAUGACCAAGAAGAUCAAAAAGUUGGAAAAGGAGACAACCCUGUGGAGAACUAAGUGGGAGACCAACAGCCAGGCUUUACUACAGAUGGCUGAGGAGAAAACGUUGCGCGACAAACAUUACAAGGCCCUGCAAGGGAAGCUGGAACGGCUGGAGAAACUGUGCCGGGCCUUGCAGAAGGAGAGGAACGACCUCACCACUAAACUGGGAGACCUGCAGGAGGCUUCCAAGAAACCAGAGGCAGAGGAGACGGGACCUCCCGACCCUCAACCCAGUCCGGAGUGUAUCCAGAAUGCGAGUCUCGUACCUGGUGGGGAGGAGGCGAUGCAGCCCUCUACUACCCCUGAACUGGAGCCAGAGUUCUCCAUCAGUACUACAGAGCAACUUGACAACUGAGCCACGAGCCCCCUCUGCCUUUUUGUGGGGGUAUAUUUGAAUACAGUUUAUCUUUUUUGUGUGAUAGAAAAAUAUAAUUAAAAUAAAAAAAUGACUGCAUUUAAAGAAUAUAAUACUUUUUGCCCUGACUGUACUAUGUAAUACUUGGUUUUGUGGUGAGCACUUGGUUCCCUGUUUUUUCUACCACAUUUGUAUUUUCUUAGAGGAUUUCUUCAUGGUCAGUCAUCGGGCUUGGUCAUUCAACAGCUUUUGAUUUAUGUUUGACUUUCUUUUUUCUCCCAUCUCCCUCAGCAGUCUUGCGUCUCUGCAGUUUUGUUUUGCCAUUUAAAGAUCUAGUUUUUACAUUGUUUAAACUAUAUCCUAUCAGAUGCAUAUUGUUGAAGAUAUUGCUAUAUUUUGAUAUAGCCUUGUUGCAUCAUUGUGACUUAACUGAAUCCUCUCCUAGGAACAAAUAGCAGGGUAUUCUACAAUAGAACAGUUGCACACAUACCAUGUUCUUAAUCAUAGAGCUAAUUUGGGCCUUUCUAGUUCUUGGGUGGCCAUCUAUUCAUUUUUCAACUUCUUUAGUAUGGAUGUUUAAUUUUUCCAUUUUGGAUAUACAAUACCUGUAAAACGUUUGGGCACACUUAGUCAUGGGUAACCCAGAGAGUAAACCAUAGGUAAGUAUGUCCAAACAUUUGACUGAUACUGUAAAUCACGUGUUGGUGGAAAGUACCUCGGUGAGCACCUGGAAACUGAAGGCACACCGUUGUAUUUUCCUUUCAGAUAGUAGACUGAGUCUUGAGGGCUAAAUACAUUUCUAUGCCAGGCUGUAGUCCAGGGAACACAGGACGUUGAGUCAUUGGUCAGUGAGUUUGCGGAGGACCCCCUUUCAGGUGCAGCUUUAAGCUUUCCUUGUAAUGGUUUUCGCAGUCCAAUAGCCUGGUUCCAGGUCUGUUUAUGCUGUCUGGCUAACUUAACCAUUGAUCUUAGAUGUUGACAAAACGGCAUCAAUCUUGGACCUACCUAUACCUGUUCUCAAAUGGCCAAACUUCUCGUUCUCCAACUCUUUUUAAAACCACUAAAUUCCAUCUGAUGGGGACAGAUAUUGGUUCUUUUUACCACAAUGUUCACUAUGUGAUUUUUAGAGCAUUUUAUGAUCAUUUGGUUAAUGGGACUCUGCAGACACUGACCCUGAUGGAUGUUUCUGUGCUUUGGUAAUAAUGUAGGAUUACAACACGUUCAUAUAACAUGCAUACAUGUGGGAAGUAAUCUCUUCUGUUUGGCUUCAAAUAGUCUUCUUUCCAUUCCUCACACCAUUUCUCAGUUAACACUGGGAAAUGAUCUGCAGACAGUUCUGGAAGAGAAAGUUGACAACUUAAAUUCCUGUGUAUUUGAACUGGGCCUUGUCCCCUGACGCUUUAUACUGGAAAAAUGUGAUUUGCUUUUUUUAGUAACAAAUGCACUCUGUAUUAAAUACCUACAAAUAAAGUGUAUGUAUUUCAAGCAUUAAACAGUCAAUGCUAAUGUUCAAGAGCUAUUAUGAGGCAUUACCGCUACUUGCCGACAAUGUGAAACAAUGUGUGGAGUACUGAACUGAUGAAUGUAGUUAAAUUGUAUCUACUUGUCACCUAUGUUGCCAACCGCUUGUAAUAAUGAUUGUUUUGGGCCCAAGGCCAGGGUCAUGUUCAUUAGUGGUUGAACAGAAGAAAAAGAGACAACCUUCUGGCUGAAUAACAAACUCAUUUUCAGUUGCAAAACAUUUUCUGCUGCGUGCCCAUGUGAACACAACCCAGGUUCCCCUAAGGCCCGCUCACUCUUAUCUGCCGUGAAACCUCAGAAGUACAGGGUGAAAAUAUCAGCUCAGACUUUUGGAUUGUCUGUUUUUAUUUUCUAGUGAUUUUGGUAUCGAUAAGGAUUCCAUUGAGUGCAUGGCCCUGGAACUGUUGCAGAAAAGUGAAUGUUAAAGAUGGGUCCAAGCAGAAGUUUUUUUUUCUUGAAAUGUAACAAGAUUGUAGCUUAAAAACUGUACUGCUAUCUUGAAGAACAACCCCCACUAUAAAGUCUUAAAUUCAAUACUGCCUAUAUUGGGUAAUCUAUUGAUUUGAUUGCUUGAGAACCAGUCUGCUACCCUGCUAAAUGAUUGCAAAGUUUGGCUUGACAACAGCAAUGGAGUAGGCAGCAACAGAAAUGAGGCUGUUGUGGCUGCUCUGUCCCAUCGGUUCUCUUCCUCUUUCUUUGGCGAUGUCCGCCACAGUUAUACGCUCAGGUUAUCAAGACAUCUACCUCUGCAGAUGAGAGGAACUGUGUAGACGAUACAAGUCAAUAACGCUUCAGAAAGUUCUCUCUUUGACGAUAGAAAGAGCCCAUGUUCCCCUUUAUGAGAUUGUCAGAUGUUCUUAUAGUCCUGUCUCUUUUCAAUAAAAACAUUUUGUAGUAUUUUCCACACCA